GAGUGUUCAUUUCCCAAGUGUCAAUUUAAAGACAUUGAAUUGCAUCAAGCUACUGGUGACCGUUGGAAUUAUUAUUGACUGAUUAUACAAGCGUAUAAAAGUUAAAAAAAAGAUAAUUACAGUGAAAACAUAUAAAAACUCUUUAAAAAAACAACAAAAACUAAAAAAAAAAAAACACGAUUUAUAUUACCCCCCGCUCAUUCUUGUUUCAUUAAUCAGAUUAUUCAAUUUAACCCAAUGUCAUCGAAUCCCUUGUUGAAUGAUCCCUCUAUUAUCCAGGUGUCUAAAGGUGAAGAAAGUGGUCAAGAGAUCAGUGGUUCUUCUCAGUUACAGAUCCCAACGUCUAAUGGACUAGAACCAGGCAGUGCUUUAUCGAAACUUUUGGACUCUGCAAUGGCUAAUGCUGCAAAAGAAUCAACUCCAGAAUUGGAGCCUAGAUCUUCAAAUGCAAGCCCUGUUAGUAAAUCACCGCAAUUUUUGUAUAAACCAAAGACGAAAAACCCGGAUUUUGUUUAUUCAAUGGAUUACUUAUUUGAAUUGAGUAAUUCACCUUUAAUUAAAAACUACGAUAAUUCACCAGAAUUACCCGAUAAGUCAUUUUGGAGAUUGAAGGCAAGAAAUUCAAGUAAAAAUGAAAAAGAUUUUAAUAACACUAACUUGAGAAAUCAUCAUAAUAAUCAUAAUAGUAACAAUAGAAAGCACAACAACAAUAAUAACAAAUCUUUAGAUUGGGAACGCAAACCAACUGGAUUCGGUAAAGCUAAUGAUUUGGAUUCUCUUUCCCCAGAUAAAAUAUCUCAAUUAUUAGGCGAAACUGCCGAUGAAGUCGAACCAGAAUGGGAUACUGCUGAUCUUACUGGUGAAGAAUUAAAAAUUAAUAUGGGUCAAACAGUAGAGGACUUUGAAAGAUGGAAGAUGUCCAUGAGAAAUGAAGAACGUAAGAAAAAUGGCGAACUUGAAGACAAUUCAUCAGAAACAACCCAAUCUACUGGUAAUGCUGGAAACGAAGUUGAUAAUUUCUUUUCUUUUGUUAAACCUAAAUCCGAAAAUUCAAACAAAUCUUCUAGAAAUACUAGUGUGUCUACUCCAGUGAAUGCAAAUAAUGAAACGACUACUAAAAGCUCGAGAUUUUCAUCAUUUUUUAAUACCCCUGUUUCUGAAACACCUUCGCAACCCAAAGAACAACCUCAAAAUCAAAAACUGCUGUUUGGCUCAAGAUUCUUUUCUGCUUCUUCCACUCCGGCCGCUGCACCAGCAGCACCGGCAACCGCACCAGGUCCGGCACCGGCACCGGCACCAGCAGCAGCCCAAGCACCACCUUCGAUUAAGUCAACAUUAUCUGGUGCAAAUACUAAUGUUUCUCUUCCAGAACAAAACCCAGUCGCUUCUCCUUUCAACCAGCACCCAAGUCUGGUGAUAUCGCAAAAUUUACCUCAUCCCCCUCCAGGCUUACCUCAUGGACCUCCCGGCUUACCUCAAGCUCCACAAAGUAUUUCUCAGGGUAUCCCAAUUGGAGGCAAUGCAAACGACUCGUUUUUUCUUUCUUUACUCAAUAAAAAGGAAGCUAAUGCCUCUCAGACUGGCACUCCUCAAGCAUCUUCAGCUAGCUUGAUGAAUACCUUACAAGGUCAUAGCUCGAAGGGAAGUGUUCAACAAUCCCCAGUAAUCACUGGUAAUGCUACCCCAGUCCAACCUUCAGCUUUGUCUUCAAAAGAGCAAAUUCCAGGAGUUUUCCAGGGACCACCCCAACAAAGUCCUUUAAUUCAACAUACAAAGGUCCAACAGCAAAGUCGUCGUCAAUCUACUCAGUCUGAUGCUAGCUAUGGUAGUGAAAACCACCAACCCAAUCAGCCUAUUCCACCACCUUGGUUUAGAGAAUUCGGUCCAAAUGGCCCAAUACCAAUCAAUGCCCAUAGCGGGCCAAAUGGUUUCCCAGGUGGACCAAUGCCUCCUCAACAAAAGGGUGAAUUACACAUGGGAGGUCCUCCUCCAGGAAUGUCUGGUCCAUCGGCAUCCCAUAUGCAAUUCCAGGGUCCUCCCCCAGGUAUGUUUCCCCCAGGAUUCAUGCCACCACCGGGAAUGCAAAUGCCACCAGGUCAAUUUCCAAUGCAAAAUGGACCACCUAAUGGCCCACCACCCAACGGCCCACCACCCAACGGCCCACCACCUAAUGGACCACCACCUAAUGGACCACCUUCAAACGGACCACCACCCAAUGGACCACAUUUUGCACCACCACCUAGUGGGCAAUCCUUUGGAUUUCCACCAGGAGUACCACCACCAGGCAUUCCUAUUCAACAAAUGGGCCCACAACAUCAGCAAUUCCAUAUGAUGCAGCAGCAACAGCAUAACCAGCAACCACCACGUCAAUAGAGAUGACUUUAUGAUAAUUUAUGAAUUGCUCUUUUAGUUCUUCCGUGUUAUCUGCCUUUUUUCCUUUUUUCUUAUCAUCAUAUCUCGCAGAAUAACUAAAUCAUUCAAUGUUCUUCAAGCAUUCAUAUUCGCUUUCUAC